CAGAGGGCGACCUACUUGUACGUAUCGUGAUUAGGUUCAUCAGGUCAAAUACAUCAUGGAGGUCGGUCUAUGGAUGUAAUAUAUCGGUUUGAAAUUUAAAAAUCAACAGUGAAUGCAGGAAGUGCCCAGAGGCUUCAAAAUGGAAGAGCUUAAAAUUGACAAAAGCAAGUUCAAACAGCAAGGACAGGGGAAGAGUGACUGGGGAGAGGAACUCCGCCAGAAAAUGGAGGUGAGAAUCACUGGAACAGAAUGGGUCCCUGUUGAUGCGAAUUGCCCAUGCAGUCAUACAACGCUUCCAAGACGAAAUCUAAAGAAGAGCCAGCACCCUCCACAAUCAUUUUUAGCCUGGACAACACUCUCAAGGGGCUUUCCCAAGUUGUGUGCAUACUGGAGAAGCAGAAUGUCGCUCUGCACCACAUCGAAUCCCGCUCCUCCUUGUCCGACCCUGAAGCUAAGGAGUUCCUGGCCGUCCUGGAGAGUGACAAGGCUAGUGAGGCCAGGGUGAUGGACACCUUAGAGCUGCUGAAGGAAUGUGUGAAAUCACUGGAGGUUGUGGAGGGAGGUGAGAAUGAUACAGUCUGGUUCCCCAGAACUCUGGAGGAGAUGAAUCCAUGCCUAACUCGGCCGCUGUAUUCUGAACUAGAACCAUCUCACCCGGGUGCUAAGGAUCCUGAGUACCAAGCUCUCCGCAAGAUGUGUUGGAACAUUGCUCACAACUACACUAUUGGCACCCCAAUCCCCGUCAUUGAAUACACUGAAAGCCAGAUCAAGACGUUUGGCGCUAUCUACAGCAAACUGAAGAUCCUCUACCCGACCAACGCCUGCAAGGAGUUUAACGAGAUCUUCCCAGAUCUCGUCAAGGAAUGCAACAUUAGUGAAGACCACAUACCCCAGAUGGAAGAUGUUUCCCAGUUUGUGAAAAAACGCACAGGGUUCGUGCUCCGGCCAGUCUCGGCACUGCUGUCUGCUAGAGAUUUCCUGAGCGCUCUGGCUUUCCAUGUUUUUCCAGCGACUCAGUACCUGCGUCACCCCUCCAGCCCAUUCUACACGCCUGAACCAGACCUUUGCCAUGAACUGUUGGGACACUGCGCGCUGUUGGCCAACCCCGAGUUUGCCCAGUUUUCACAGGAGAUUGGUCUUGCCUCACUUGGUGCUCCCGAUGAAUACAUUGAGAAGUUAGCGUCGGUUUACUGGUUCACUGUUGAGUUUGGUGUCUGCAAAGAAUCCACCGGCAGGAAGGCCUACGGUGCUGGCCUGUUGUCCUCAGUCGCUGAGAUUCAGUAUUUCCUGACAGACGAGCCCAAGGUCAAACCGUUUGACACCAGCACAGCUAUCACCGAGUCGUACCCCGUAGAAGGGUUUCAGACCACCUACUUUCUGGCCGAAAGCUUCUCCGAUGCUUUGCAGAAAAUCAGAGCCUUUGCUGCAACCAUUCCGCGUCCGUUCACAGUGCGGUACAACCCCUACACACAGUCCAUCGAGGUGCUGGACAGUAAGGAGAAAUUACUGAAAGUGGCUGAGCAGCUGAACGGUGAGCUGAACCGACUGAUGGACGGAAUUCUCAAGCUGAAGUAAAUUGCACCCUGCUUGCAUUGAGAGGAUUUCGCAAUAUUAGCGCCGCCGAUUCUUCAAGUCUUUUCAUUCUCAUCUGUAAGCUGCUUAGGUGAAGUGGGUUCGUUAUUCCGUUUCUAAUAGAGUGAAAAUACUUGAGGUUCCAAAGAUCAAAGAUGUAACGAGACCAAAGGUCUCUGUCGGAUCACUGAAACUUACCAGAACCGGGGGGGGGGGGAGAGCCAACAAGUUGGUGACACAGCCAAGGCAUUUAGAUGAGAGUUUGUUUGGUUUCCCAAGAAGUGUAUUCAUGUAUGGCUUUUAUAGAGGGUAAAGUCAUUUUGCCAGCUGUGCAAUACAGUGUGUAUGUGUGCUUUUUAUUUACUCCCAGUGAUUGCUUGCCAAUAUUACUUGGCAUUAAGGAGAAUAAUGAUUAUAUUUUGACUCUGCCAUUCGACGAUUCUGACAGGUUUCAGCAGGGCUUUUGUGUUUUCCAAUAUAUGUUGGAUUUCUCUCUUGAUAUUUGUGGGUUUUUUAUUGUUUAUUUGGGGAGAUGAUGGGACUGGGAUGAGACUGCACUUGUCAUUUAUUUUUCUACAUUGGUCAGCAUUUGACUUACCAAGACUUUGAAACUGUCUUACCACUUGCACGGACCUCCAUGCGCAUUACAGGGCAGUGUUUUUUUUUUUACUUCAGAAAGGUCAAUUUUUCCUUUAUUCAGUUUCAGCCAUAACAGCAUUAAAUACGAUCCACUCAGCUUUUCAAACUUUUUCUGUUCCAAAUUUAAAAGCUUGACAAGUUUGACUUCUUGCUGACUAGUGUAGAUGUCUUUAAUGACCACUCCAAUCUUUUCAAGAAAUCCUUAUGAAAUGUUGACAAGCGAAGGGCCAGGCAUUGGUCCUAUUUUAAUGAUGGGUAACAGAGUAAUCACCGCAUGCAUUGCAGUGCAAUUUAUUUAUACAUUUAGAUUUAAAAAUGGAAGAAAACAUUUACUUUCUUUUUUUUAAUCAACAUUUUUGCCGAUACUGCAAAAAGAAAAUUGUUUCAUCUUUACAAUUAUGUAAGAUUCUUUUUUUUUUUCUGCAUGAUAUUAUGAAGUUUACUAUCAUAUUACAUCGGUGGGGUUAUAUUUUAAUUUUUAUUUUCUUACUGGUAUUGCCAAAGUAUCUGGCUUUCUAGAUCUUACUCAGCAUUACUAAUGAUAUUAUUUUCUUAAUACUUGUCAUCUGAUGGCUCCGUUCACCAGAGCAUUUGCGUUUACUAACAAGUUGGAUUUCUCUCUUCCUGAGAUGUCAGGGGUUUUGAAUGAUUUGUUUGUGGGGUGCGGUUGUAGGGUAGGGAUAGGACAGCAUCCGCUGUUCAUUUAUAUUGGUUUAGGUCAGGAUUGACUUCCAUUCUGAGAUUGGAGUCUGAAGCUAUCUUAUCAAUGCAGAGUGGGUCCUUGAGUGGGUCCAUGAGUGGGCACUGUAGGCCAGUAUUUAUCCAUUUCUAGAAAGGUCCACAUUUUUGGUUUGGGGAAAUUCUAAAUUCAGUUUCAGCCAUGACAGCGAUAAAAAGCAAUCCGUGAGUGAUGAUCAAAAGGUGGUUUCUUCAACAACGCCAAAAAAAUAUACAAGUUAACUCGGGUGAAAUACAUGCAUGAACCCACGACCUGCUUACGAGUGCAGAUGCCUGAACGGGCUACUUGAAUCUUUACAAAAUUUCUAUGCGGUUUGGGCGGAGGGCAAGUCAAAUGUCAAUUUAAUUUUAUAAUAAGGUAACUAUGGUUGAUACAAUGAAUUGCUUAACUUUUAUGUUCCAAUGCAUUUAAUGUAUACAGUUGUUUAGAAAAUGGAAAGAAAAACUUUACUUCAUUUUUUUUUUAUUUGCAAAGAAAAUUGCAUCACUUUACACAACUUUAUAAAAUGUAUUCAUAAAGUUUACCCAUCAUUGGUGGAGUUUUCCCAAACCUUGACUUUGAAAUAUUUUGCUGAUAAAUUUAUAUUAACCUUUUCGUAUGUAUUUUGUGGGAUAUGUUAUCCAGUUGGAUAUUUUCUGUACCAGAUUCUAUUAUCAAGAUCAUAUGCAUUUCUGGAAAAGUUGCACGGUGGCUUUACUUUGUGUGGCUUCAAGGGGUAGUACCAAUGAAUUUGUGUACAGACUUUCAAAAAGCGCCGUUUGCGUCUCAGUUAACCUGAUUUUUCGACUUUUGUUUCAUUAUUUCAGAGGGUAUUUUGCAGGUUUUUUGCUUUUUAUGCUAAUGAGUAUUUCCAUAUUUGUGAGCAAAACUGUGAUGUCAUCCCAGGAAGAACGCCUAAAUGUUACGUUGGUUUGCACACAAAAAGCCAUGCAUAUUUUGUAGAUUUUUUGCUGGAUUAAAUUUUUCUCUUUGCUGAUUUAUUGUUAUGUGCAGAGCAAGAAGUGAGUGCCAGUGCUUUUCUCAGCAAUGUUUCCAGUAAGUAAAUUCAGGGUCCACAGUUUUAGAACAGAAAAUAGAAACGAUAGAAAAAUGCAGGUAUGUCUUGCAUGGAUGUUGUCACAGCAACAGCGCCCUCAGUUGUCUAGGAAGACAUGGAUAAGUUUGAGUGUUUAAUUAAAAAGGGCACUUUUCACUGCAUUUAACCAAAUGGAAUUGUAAAAGAGAGUUGAUACAUUGAAGAAGAGUGCAAAGUUGAACUAUUGUGUCUGUGAAAUUCAUUGCGGCUACCCUUUAAGUAACACAUAUUCUACACUUCUGAAAAGUGCUUGUUUAAUAAAUGACUAUGCUGCUGCAAUUAA